AUGGCAUCUCUUGCAGCGGCGUGCCGCAUAUCAGCGCGGCUGGCGAGUCGAAAAGUGCCGCACGAUGCAGCUCGAGGGUUCCGGACAUCGGCCGCGGCCCUCGCUGCCCAAAACUUCACCAUGCCCGCGCUCUCCCCCACCAUGACCGAGGGCAACAUCGCCGCCUGGCGGGUCAAGGAGGGCGACAAGUUCUCCGCCGGCGACGUGCUCCUCGAGAUCGAGACCGACAAGGCCACCAUGGACGUCGAGGCACAAGAAGACGGCAUCCUGAUGAAGGUCAUGCAGGCCGACGGCAGCAAGGGCGUGCAAGUCGGCACACGGAUCGCUGUCAUCGCCGAGGAGGGAGACGACAUCAGCGCGCUCGAGAUUCCCGCCGACGAGAAGACAUCACAACCACCGCAGUCCGCCAGCACCGAGGCCCCCAAAUCCGAGACCCCGGCUGCUCCGGAACAGUCCGAAUCAACCCCGUCCGCUACCGGCUCCACGACCGCUUCCGCCUCUAAGUCUACCGGCCCCAAGCGGACCUUCCCCUUGGUCCCUUCGGUUCUCAAUCUACUUAAGGAAAACGGCCUCGACGAGUCCGCCGUCAACGAUAUCACCCCUACAGGUCCCCAGGGACGUCUCCUCAAAGGCGACGUGCUCGCCCACCUCGGGAAGAUCAACACCGGCACCCCGGCUGCGAUCUCCGCCCGCUUCGAGAAGGCUUCCCACCUCGACCUGAGCAACAUCAAGGUCGCAGCCGCGAAACCAGCCCCGGCCACCAGGAAGCCCACCACAGCCGACACCGCCGCUCCCGCACCACCACCCAAAUCCCUCGUCUCCCUCCCUGUCUCCCUCUCCGCGGUGCUCGAAGCCCAGGCCCGCAUCCACAAGACCCUCGGCGUGUUCCUGCCCCUCUCCACCUUCAUCGCCCGCGCCUCCGAGCUCGCCAACGACGAGCUGCCGCUCCCCUCCAACUAUCAACCCUCCGCCGACGAACUCUUCCACCAGCUCCUCGGGCUCGACAAGGUCUCUUCCAAGGUCUCGCGCGGAUCGUACAUCCCGCUGAUCUCAUCCGCCUCGUCACCGUCCGCAGCGGUAUUCACCGCACCCAAGCCCCAGGCGAAACAAAAGAAGGUCGAUAUCUUGGACAUUCUCGCGGCCAAGCCCCAGCUCAAGUCUAAGCCCGCAACAACAACGGCUUCCUCGAAACCAACGGCGUCCGUCCUCCCCGGCCCGUCGACGGCCGGCCCCAACCUGUUCAGCCUGCAGGUGCCCAAGGCAGAGGAGAAGCGGGCGACGGUGUUUUUGGAGCGGGUCAAGACUGUGUUGGAGACUGAGCCGGGGCGAUUGGUGCUGUGA